AUGCAGCUGCAAGGCCGGAGAGCUAACGUGGAUAGGCAAGUGUGUCUAAAUGCUAGACGCGUAGCCGAGUACUGCGCAAAGUAUGCGAGCAAGCCCGAGAGCAGGUCGGUACCGAUGCGAGAGGCCUUUAAGUUGGUUGUCGACAGCGUUAACGAUGAUGACAAUAUCAAAAAAGUCGUGCAGAAGUUACUCACAAUGUCAGUCGCUGACCACGACUUUUCAGCUCAAGAAGCGUGCCAUCUCUUGACCGGCGAACGGUUAGUUACAUGUUCACGGUCUUUUAUCGUGACCUCUCUCGACGGUGAAAGAGAAGUAGACCAGGACACUGCACGACAGGAUGAAGGAGAUGUGGCAACACAUCCAUCGCUGCUAGAUAUGUACAUGAACCGUCCACGUACUCGACACUUUGAGGUCACGUGCUUUAUGGAUUUUGCAGCCAGCUAUCGGAUAACGAGAAAGUGUGGGAUAAAGAAACGUGAAACUCCGGUAGUCGUAAGGAUUAUUCCUCAGAUAACCCCUAAUAGCCAAAGUGAAACAACAUCGAGGCGCUACUGCAUGCAGCAACUUGUGAAAUACAAACCGUUUAGAUCGGUAGACGACUCGACAAGUUCAUUUGACGGUGAUUCUAUUCGAGCAUUCGGUGAGUUUGUGACUAAGCCAGAAAAUAGUAAACUGAAAACGCGCAUUAGCCUUUCCAAAAAUAUCAAUCGAUUUCUUGCCGACUGCACCGAAAUUAGGGUCACGGAAGUUACGUCAGAGAAAGAAAUCUCUACCGAAAAUCGGCACGCUACUGAAGAAUGGAUGCUCUUAUGUCGUGUUACUGACGAGCAGAGUGAGUUUGACUGGCUUGCCAGUGCUGCUAGAUACAGUAACGUCGAAGAAGCUGUGACGUUUCUAGCGCAAAGUCAAGCUACAACAAGACUUUCAGAUCGUCAUGCCGUUUGCUUUGAUCUCGCAUCUCUCGAUGGCAACCAAAGUCUAGCAUAUGACAUAGUGAGAGUUCAUAAAGACGUCACAGACGCAGGUACCGACUCUGACUCAUUGAAACUAAUUGUUAGUGGUACAGCAGGGACUGGCUCGAGGUCACUCUUAGGACACGGGUGUCGUAUUGUCGCUCCCACCGGUAUUGCCGCUUUUAGCAUCAACGGUCAAACUCUUCACUCUUUGCUGCGCUUGUCGAUUCACUCUGGAAAGUAUUCCGAACUUCGAGGACAUGCACUAAAAGAAAUCCAGAGCGAAUUAGCGGACUGCAAAUAUCUCAUUAUUGGCGAAAUGUCGAUGGUCGGUCAUAAGCAGUCGGCUCUAGUACAUCGAAGGCUAACAGAGAUUUUCCCUCAAGAGGCUCAAAAGCCUUUUGCAAACAUCGGUAUCGUUAUGAUAGGCGACUUUGGACAACUUGCUCCAGUGGGAGAUACGCCUCUUUUCAAUCCGGACUCCAAAAGCUAUGAUUCUGAUCUUGGAAGAGCGAUGUACCUCACCAUGAAUAGAGCAGUUAUUUUGACUGUAAUACGACGGCAAGCCGGAAACGAUUCAGAACAAAUAUAUUUUCGUGAGACCCUAGCAAGACUUAGAAACGGACAGGUGUCUGAAGAUGAUUGGCAUCUUCUGAUGACAAGAACACCAGAGGCAGUACGUCGACGUGGUGCAGAGAAUAUGACUGAGUUUGAAAAGGCAGUACGAUUGUUUUCUCGGCUGGAACGGGUUGUCGAAUACAAUUGUGAGUAUCUGCGAAAGCUAAAUAACCCUAUAGCUAGAGUGGAAGCUCGUCACAGUUGCCAGGAAGCAAGGAAUGCUUCUACCGAAGACGCCGGUGGUCUUUCUCCUUUACUGUAUCUUUCCGUGAAUGCACGCGUUAUGUUGACUGCGAAUCUUUGGACUCGGGCAGGGUUAGUGAACGGUGCUAUGGGCUGUGUCGAAGACAUUAUUUACCAACACUACGGACCCCCGAGUUUACCUAUAGCAGUCAUAGUCAAAUUUGAUAAAUACUCGGGUCCGACAUGGGGUGGUGAAAACUGUUUUCCCAUAAUUCCAGUCGAAAGAUCAUGGAGAUCAGAAGACAAACAUCUCUGCAGAACGCAAAUACCUGUCAGACUAGCUUGGGCUAUUACUAUUCAUAAAUCUCAGGGACUAACCCUAGAGAGAGCAGUCGUAGACCUCGGAGAAAAAGAGUUUGCCACUGGGCUGUCUUUUGUGGCGCUCUCACGGGCAAGAAGUGAAAGACACGGUCAAAUGUCAAAAACAACACUACGUCAUUUUCGGCAUCUUGCAAGAUCGGGAUCAAAGAUACAUUCUGUUUCUGGUGAUACCACUGGUACCGGUAGUGAUGAUAUUGUGGCUACCAAUAAUACUGCGCGCACUGUUGCUGCCGAUGUUCUUAUCACUGGUAGUGCUACUAUUGUCACUGUUCCUUUUGCUGAUACUGCCGCUAAUUCUGUCAAUAAUCUCGACACCGCUAGUGCUGAAUUCUAUGCAGAUGAAUACGUCGAACGUAUGGCUAUAUCUUCAACUUGGGCUACUGAUGCCGAAAUACGUGCUACGGCUACCCUUCUGCAAACUUCAAUAUAUGUUUUCACCGAAGUUUUGACUUCACACGUGAAAUCGUGGCAGUGGAUGUUGUUUAAACCAGAUUUCUCAUGGCAAUCUCCAUUGCAACCAUCGUGCAGUCGGAUUGAAAUUCUGAACAUACCCAACUUGCAUUACGACCUAAUUGUGCCGUUGCAGCCCAAUGUUGCUUUGGUACCUCCGGAUAUUACUGAUGCAGUAGGAACCCACAGCUAA